CGUCAAACCCUCGUGCCCAGGCGGGGCUGUUCUGGGUUCAUAUCUAAUCUUAUCAAAGAUCUUAUCGCUCAUGACGGGCCAUGAAUUUUUGGUGGGCACAGCGCAAUGCAAAUGGAGGGGCACUGACAGACAUUACUGAAGGGAAUCCGGCGCGCAUUUGAUAUCCCACCCUGGCCUUUGAACUCAUCCUAGGAAACUACUGCUUCACAAUACAGCCUUUAUAAGGUGAUAUCAGGCAAGUGGCAAUCAUGAAGUUGGACACACGGGCUAUGCGCCAUCUGACGGCGGAGGACUGGAAGGUCCUCGCAGCUGUCGAACAAGGCUCCAAAAACCACGAACUCGUCCCCGUCCCCAUCAUCGAGCGCUUCUCCCGCCUCAAAGGCGGCUCCUCCCUCGUCUCCAAAUGCAUCUCCACCCUCGCCAAAACCUCCCUCAUCGCCAAGAUGAAAGAAGCCAAAUACGACGGCUACCGCCUCACUUACGGCGGCCUAGACUACCUAGCCCUCCACACCCACUCCCAAAAAAAGCACAUCUACUCCGUCGGCACCCGCGUAGGCGUCGGCAAAGAAUCCGACAUCAUGCUCGUAGCCGACCACACCGGCGCUCAGCAAAUCCUCAAAAUCCACCGCCUCGGCCGCAUCUCCUUCCGCACCGUAAAAACCAAUAGAGACUACCUCAAAAAGAACGCCUCCGGCUCCUGGAUGUACCUCUCCACCCUCGCCGCCCGCAAAGAAUACGCUUUCCUCUCCGCCCUCCACUCCGCCGGCAUCCCCGUGCCCACCCCCAUCGCCCACUCCCGCCACACAAUCGUCAUGUCUCUCGUCGACGCGCCCCCCCUCCGCCAAAUCUCCUCCGUCCCCGACCCGGCAGCCCUCUACGCCUCGCUCAUAGAACUCUACCUCCGCCUGGCUAAGCACGGCCUCAUCCACGGCGACUACAACGAGUUCAACAUCCUCAUCCGGGAAGACAUCUCCAUCAACCCGGAAACGGGAACCGAAAAAAUCACGCUUGUCCCUGUCGUCAUCGACUUUCCGCAGAUGAUAUCUAUGGAGCAUGUGAAUGCGGAAAUGUACUUUGACCGCGACAUCAACUGCAUCAAGAUCUUUUUCGAGCGCCGAUUUCACUUCAAGCCCACCACUCCGGGCCCUUUUUACAAGGAUGUCAAAAAGACGGUUGGAAGAGACGGGUUUGAGAGGUUAGACGCCACGCUGGAGGCGUCGGGUAUCACAAAGAAGAUGGCCAAGGACCUCGAGGCGGCUAUCAGGCAGCACGAGGAGGAGAAGCUGCAGAAUCCAGAGGCGUUCGAGCCAUCAGAGGACGAGGAAGAUGAUGACGAGGAUGAGGACGAAGAAGAGAAGGAGGGAGAAGAGGCGAACACAGAUGAGAAAGAGAAGGAAGAACAACCAUCAAUAGUCAUCGGGUUUCAAUCUCCGUCAGAAUCAGGAGCUGAACAAGGGAUGGAGAAACUGAGCAUAAAUAACAAGAUGUAAGGGUAAUCCCCCAAAAAUAAAAAAUGAGAAAACCCCCAA